GUGGGAAAUCAAUUAUAAAUCAAACUAUGGGGUCCUAGACCCUGCUCUAGAUCCCCGAAGCAGCCCAAUCAAAUAUUUUCUAUCCUGUUAGCACGUCACGGCAUCACCACUCCGAGCAAUACAAUUGAUACAAUUGAUAAUUCUCCGAAUGCUAAAUUCAACUUCACAGGCUAGGGAUAUUUAGAACCCGUAGUUAUCUAAUAGUUGCGACCAUAGCCGUCAUAUGUUAAAUCGCCGGUCCGCUUAGAAAGCAUGGAACAAUAGCCCAGGUACUAGCUACCUAGGUAGCUAUAUAUCAAUGGAUCUGUCUCAACUGGACUUAUAAAUAUUCAUACUUUAAUAGAGUCCGCAGCUAAUUCAAAACUCAAGAUGGCACCAGGAAAGAAAGUUUUCAUUGUCGGACCAGGCUUCAUCGGCUGGGCCGUGCUUGAUCUAUUAGCAAAGGAGAACUAUGAAAUCACGGGGUACGUCAGGAGGAAAGAACACGCGGAUCAGAUCAAGGCCUCUGGGGCCACAGAUACGGUGCUUGGUGACCUGAACGACAAGGCAUUGAUUACGAAACACGCGUUAUCCCAUGACAUUGUGAUUCACACAGCCACCGCAGACCAUCUCCCAAGCGUGGAAGCUAUCUUAGAAGCCGUCCAGCAGCGGGCCGAAAAGGGGCUGAGCACGAUCUAUAUCCACACUUCCGGAACGUCCUUGUUGAACGACGGGGCAGCAGGGGCCUACAAGGGAGACAAGGUGUACCACGAUAACAUCGUGUCUGAGAUCGACUCCGUCGCCGACAAUGCGCCACAUCGACAAAUAGACCUUACUAUUGUCAGGGUCCAAAAGAAACUAAAGGAGAAAGCCAAGAUCGCCAUGAUGAUCCCGCCCGCUAUCUACGGUUAUAACCCGCACCACGGACGGCUUUCAAUCCAGAUCCCGGUACUCACCCGGUAUGCUCUUAAGCACGGGUAUGCGGGAUACGUAGGUGCUGGCCUCUCCGUCGAGAGCAACAUCCACGUGAACGACUUGGCGAGGGGCUACGUCACGCUGCUGCACCACCUAGAGUCGACACCAGCCAGCAGCCCCGAUAUCCUCGAAAACCCGUACUACUUCUGCGAAACGACAGGAGACAACGAGCCGAGCUGGAAGGACAUCGCCUCGCUCAUCGGAACGGAACUCCACAAGGCCGGUCUCAUCCCUGACUCAAAGCCGCGCACGAUCCCGCCCGAGAACUACGGCGACAUAUUCGCGGACUUCACGCCCGCUGUCAUCGGCCUUAAUAGCCGUAGCCGAGCUGUGCGGCUGCGCGAGUUGGGGUGGAAGCCCCUGGAGAAGAGCUUGAGCGAGAGUUACAUACAGGACGAGCUGCCGGUGAUUUUGAAGGAGGACGUGGAUCGCAAGGCUUUUGAUGGAUACCAUGGGGCGGUUGCUAGUUGAGGGUUUGACUAUAUUGCUUGUGGCAGGUUUGGUAAAAUCCUGUAAUCAUCUAGAACAACUAACAAAUUAGAAGCCAGCCUGGAUAUAACGUAUUUUAUAAAGAUUUCUAUAGGUACCAGGUAUAUGGUAUAUAAUUCAAGCAAGUUCACUUCCA